GAAAGGCGUAGGUCUAAAGUAGCGUAGUUUUUCUGCCCAGAUGACUGAUGCAGGAAAGAAAGUGCUCUGGUGUAGAGACUCCAAUGUUGUGAUACUGGAAGCAGCAGAAUUUCACACUGGAUGUCUUUUAAUACGGACGCUGGCAGUCAGAAAGCAUGUUUGCCCAGGAGUUUGUGCUAAAACAACGAACAGAGAUACUGCAUGCGCUGUGCAGCAGUGGGUCAGCUGAACAUCUGGAAAGGGUUCUGGAUAUACUGCUGGCCCAAGGGGAGCUCACAUGGGAGGACUAUCAGAACAUACAGGUUCCGGGUAGGCCACUGUUUACAAAUGCCAGACAGUUGCUCGACCUGCUUUAUACAAAAGGUUUGGAUUCUUGUGGGCUCUUCCUUGCUGCUCUCAAACAGGUCCUGCCUGAGGCACAGGAAACUGGCCUCUCCCUCUCAGGAUGCUCUCCAAAUAUAAAAGAAAAAGAAGCACAGAGCACAUCCACCACUCAGAUGCUUCUGACUCAAAGACCAAGCCUUGUCAGCAAGCUACAAAGCUGCAUUAAUGGUGCUCUACAAGCUCUGGUUGUAGAAGGACAAUUUACUUCGAGAGACUGCGAUGAAGUGCGACGACCUAUACACACCCCCUCUCAGCAGGCAAGGUGUCUGCUUGACCAUGUCAGCUCAAAAGGUGACUUAGCAGCGAAGGUGCUACUGAAUUACAUUCAGCAAAAACAGGAAUCUGGAUCCCCUGUAAACCAGAAGAAUUUAACACCGCCAAAAGAGUUCUUAAAGUAUCAGAAAAAGCUGAGCAGUUCUGUAUCCGCCCAGUCCUGCUUUCUCAGUACUUAUGGAGGGACCAGCCACAUGUCUCUGGAUGACAUCUACACUGAAGGCCAACUAGAACUAGCUCACAAGUGUACUGACCUCCACACACCUUUGGGCCUGGAGGACAUAGUUGGGACGCUGGGUACAGUGAAUAAAGAGGCUGACACAGUGCUAGUAUCUGGGGAGGCAGGCAGUGGGAAGAGCACUCUUCUCCAGAGGUUACACUUACUUUGGGCUCAGGGAGCAGCCCUCCAGGACUUUCUCCUUCUAUUCCCGUUCAGCUGUCGUAAGUUGAAUUCAGAGCACAAGGAACUGUCUGUCCAAGAGUUGCUGUUUCAGCACUGCUGCUGGCCAGACAGGGAGCAGGAACAAAUUUUCCAGUUUAUCCUGGACCACCCACAUCUCAUCCUCUUCACAUUUGAUGGCCUGGAUGAGCUCAAGCAGAGCUUUUCAGAUGAGCACAGACUCUGCUGCCCCACCCAGCAUGCACCUGUUCACACACUAUUGUUCAAUUUAAUCCAGGGUUCUCUAAUGAAGGGGGUGCAAAAAGUGGUCACUAGUCGGCCAGAAGCAGUUGGACCUUUGCUGAAGAAACACCUUUCCAAAGAGGUCCUCCUGAAAGGCUUUUCCCCAAGUGGGAUUGAUUGUUUUGUGAGGAAACAUCACAAUGACUCUACUGUGGCUGCUAAGGUUUUGGAGUCCCUACAGACAAAUACAGCUUUACUUGGGCUGUGCCAUAAUCCAGUCCUCUGCUGGAUUGUCUCACAGUGCCAUAAGGAGCUGCUGGGCUGCGGAGAAGGCAGCCCACAAACCAUCACAGAUGUUUACCUGAUGAUCUUGCAACAUUUUUUACAGCACAAAAGUCUAUCAAAGAGCACCAUAGGGUUAGGCUGGCUACAUGAGAACCUAAAAACAGUUUUGCAUCUUGGACAGCUUGCCUUUGAGGGCAUAGGAAGCACGUGUUACAUUUUUUCAGGUAUUGAGCUGGAUGCUUGUGGUGUAACUGAACAGGAUAUCUGCAUAGGCUUUCUCAUACAAAUCAAAGAUACAUCCUCUGCACACUAUGAAUUCCUUCAUGUGACCAUACAGUGCUUUUUUGCAGCAUUGUACAUAGUUUUGUCAGGUAACAUUGAUGGUCCAACAAUACCUAAGCUCUUUGAGAUGCAGGACAUGAGAGAGACAGGCCUGAGUACAUCAUGCUUUGGGGCCUGCUUGCCCUCCACUGACCAACAGAAGCAGGAUGUAGUGGGGGAAGAUACAGCAGCUAAAACAUCAGAUCUGCAAAUGAUUGCCACCUUUGUGUCUGGACUUCUGUCCCAGCGUCAUCGAAGCCUGUGGCUCCACUGCUGCCCCAGUGCGGUGAUGGAAAAGAAGGCCAGACAAGUGGUGAGAUGCCUGUCCAAAGGCAUGCAGAAACACUUUAAGUCCAUCCCUCAACCUGUAGAGGGAGAAGCUAAGAGCAUGCAUGCAAUGCCUGGCUUUCUCUGGCUUAUCAAAUGCAUCUAUGAGAUGCAGGAGAGCAGAAUUGCCAACAAUGCUAUGAGUAAGCUAGAGAUAGACCACCUGAAACUGACCUACUGUAACAUUGGGCCUGUAGAGUGCACUGCACUAUCUUAUGUGCUCCAGCAUUUAAGAACCCCUGUAGGCCUCCAGCUGGACAACAACUCUGUUGGUGAUGUUGGUGUGGAGCAGCUUCUUCCUUGCAUGCAUGUUUGUAAUUCCUUGCACCUCAGAAAUAACAACAUUACAGAUGAGGGCAUCCGCAAACUAAUUGCUAAAGGUAUCCAGUGUGACAACUUCCGGAAAAUUGCACUAUUCAACAACAAGCUAACUGAUGCUUGCACACAGCAAUUUUCUCAUCUUCUGAAGACCAGGCAGGAUUUCCUUUCUUUAAGGUUAGGCAACAAUAAUAUAACAGCAGAAGGAGCAAAGCAGCUGGCUGAGGGACUGAAAUUCAAUCACUCUCUGCAGUAUUUAGGGCUUUGGGGAAAUAAGAUAGGUGAUGCAGGAGCAGAGGCCCUGGCUAGUGCCCUAGAGUACAGCAAAUCCCUGGUGUGGCUUAGCCUUGUAGGUAAUGGUGUAGGGACUGCAGGAGCAUGUGCCCUUGCCAAAAUUGUCAAAAACAGCACGUCACUGGAACACCUUUGGUUAACAGAGAACUGCAUAACCAGAGCAGGAGUGGAAUGUCUGAUUCAAGCCCUCCAACACAAUACUCAUGUGAAAUCAAUAUGGUUGCAAAACAAUAACCUCAGCUUGGAGGAGGUAGAGGACAUGACACAACGUGAAUCAAGACUGUUCUUCUGAUUUUCUUCUGACUGACUUAUAGGAAAUAUUUUGUAUUAAAAUAUAAAAUGUAAAACAUGUUUUCUCUUUGUAGGUGUAGGUGGUGAUGGGUUCCCAUAACCCCAUAACACAUACUGUAUACCACAACUAUAUAAAGCUACUACUAAUAACAAUAACAACAAAGUUUGUACAAAUCUUGCCUAAAAAGAUGUCAUAACUGAGAAAGGUUGUCUGUAGACAAUAGUGGAAAAUAAUUAACCAAAUGUACAAGUUACUUAAUCUUCUGCUAAAGGGCCUGCUUCUACUUCACUGUAUUUAUAGGGAAAUAUUGUACAGUACAUGCUACAUUUAUUUAGUUACAAGUUGGCAGAUUAUUAACCCUCCUAUUAUCCUUGGGGUCAAUUUGACCCUGUUCUAUGUUUAACAGCUCUAAAUAAAUGGUUGACAUCCUAAUUUAAUGGGGAUAACUGGGUAAACAUAAAAGUAACAUGAUUUUAUAUUUUCAGUGUCCUCUAUGCAUUUUCUACACGUCGGUGUUCUUUGGCAUCAAUUUGACUCUAGGCUGUUUUAGCUUUAUUAAACAUAUAAGAAGUAUCAAGUAUCACACAUUUUUUGGUUGUUUAUGAUGAUAUUGAGGUCACUAUGACAUGCAAUUUUAUAAUCUUCAAAAAACAUCCCUCUACUUUAGUGCCCUAAUCUACCUAACUAUAUAUAUGUAGUAGUGCGAGAGCGACUGAUAGUUCACACGAUGUGGGGAGGGAACAUGUAAUACCCACAAUACCCAUGAAAACUGUGAUAGUUCGCACAAUGUGGGGGUGGGGACAUAUGUUCCCCUUGAGGACACUGGUACUUCAGUGGAUGACCAAACAUACAUAGCCUUACACAGCAGCCUUCUAAACAAUUUCUCUUAGUUCUCUGUGUGCUUUCGCUUAAUGCUCUCUCCCAGUUGAAAAUGGCAUCCAAGAAAAGAUUUUCUAUCAGUAAGGUUUUGUCACUGCUAUUUGACAGUAAAACUGACAUAGAGGAGAAUGUGUCUGAGACAGAGGAGGGCCCUUAUUAUGAUGCCUCCUUCUCUGAUGAGAAUGAGACCCUUAGUCCUGAUGCUCCUGUUGUCUCUCAAACACCAGCAGACAUGUUACCUUCCAAAAAUGGAAACAUUGUAUGAUUAUCUUUGAAAAAAUGAUACAGUGUUAUAUAGGCUAUUAAAUGUCCCAACAGUAGAACUAUUACACUGACAUUCUUACAAAGAGUAUAAAUGCAUCUGUUGAGCUGUGUUCUUGAUAGAGACAGACAUGUUAUUUUAUUUUGGUAAGCAGCCCUGUUAAAUUGUGUGUUUUUUGCUAUGUAACAAAUUCCUGUGUAUAUGUCGUAGCUCUAGUUUGUUUCUUUUUACGACACUUGUUUUUCUUUUCGACAGUUUAUAUACAACUACUGACUGGGGAAUUCUCUCUCUUGUACUUAUCCCACGGCGACUGAUGGAGUGUUACCAGUUGUGCUGUGAAGGCGAAAUAAACUUGAACCGUGAGAACUAUACAGUGUAAUCCCUGUGUAUUAUGGCGAAUGAUGCAGAAAACCCA